AUGGCUGAAGACGCAUUUGAUGAUCAGUAUGAGGGUUGUGCUGAAGACAUAGAGAAAAUGGCACCCCAGCUGUUAAAAGAAGAAUUAGAAAAUAGCCCAGAGAUGAAAACGGAAUGGGAAGCUGCCAAGAAAGAACGGGAGGGAAAAAAGAACAAAAUCAAAUAUUCAGAACAAUUUAAUGAUUUCCAUGGAACAGCUCUCGUGGCCUAUACAGGGUCUAUUGCAGUUGAAUUUAACAAAGCUGUAAGAAACUUCCAUCAAAAUACACACGGCUUUCAGUUUAAAGCUUUCCAUUACUAUCUGAUGAGAGCUCUUCAGCUUCUUGGCACAGGGCAGUGUUACACAGUUUACAGAGGUUGUAAAACCAAGUUUCAUGACACUGGGAGUAGACCUGUACGGUUUGGGCAAUUUACGUCAUCAUCUUUCUCUAAAGAUGUAGCUCUUGGUUUUUCUGGUGGAUAUGGGACAGUGUUUACCAUCCAGACCUGCUUGGGUGUUGCCAUUGAAAAAUUCUCUUUCUUUCCACAUGAAAAGGAAGUGUUAAUUCCAGGUUAUGAGGUGUAUCAGAAAGUCACAAAACAAAGCAACAAUAACAUUUUACUUCAAAGCCCCCAAAAAUCUCAGAGUAACGUCAACUGCUUCUAUACCUCUGCAGGAAUGAAGGAAAGCUCCCUCCUCCUGCUGCUGCUGCCUGGCCUCCUGGUCCUGCUGCUCCUCCCUGCUGAGCUGGAGCCCCACUGCAGGGGCCUGUCUGCACCUCCAGGGCUGACUCGGGAUGCAAAGGGCAGGAUCUGGUGGCUCACCCAUAUCCGUUGUACUGAGAUGAUUGGGACACAGGCACCUAUGUGUGACUUGUCUUUACAACCUUCAAGCCUUUUCGGGGAUUGA